AUGGCGAGUAGGCCACGACGAAGUCAAACACGGCUAACGCCUUCACCGGCGGUGGAGAUUAAGCCGUCGAGAAUUGAGAUGGCGAUGGAGGAUCAUGAAUUGUUAGUGACUGAGGAACAUAUAGUGAUGGAGGAGGAACGAUUCGGAUUCUCAUUUCAAGAAGAGCCACUGACAGCUAAAGAGUGUGCAGAGAAAAUGGAGACGUUUAAAACAAAAGAACAAUUUCUGGAAUCCAUCCACGUUGGAGAAGCUGUGCGAUUUCUGACCAAAGUGCUAAUUGGACGAAACAAUGAACCACUGCAAUGUAUAAACUGUGACAGAAUAUACACAACAUCCUCCGGCUAUUGGAUACACUUCCAGAAGUGUAACAAAAAAUCAGACAGCGAGAUUGCGGCGGAAGUGGAAAAGUUGAGAAGUGCGCCGAUUCUAUGGCUGAAGGUCUCGGCGAGAGAUCAGGAGAAGACACUCAGGCAUAUUGUGGGCACUGAAUACAAGUGCUUUGUGCAGGGAUGCAUGAAAAGUUUCAAAACUCCAAAAGCUUUGAUCAAUCACUUGGAUAGUUGUGUUAGAGAGGGAUAUUACCAGUUCAAAGAUCGUCCUGAUGAUUUUCGAUCGCUUCCCAGUAAAGCCAAAAAUGCGUAUAUUAGAGCAGGAUUGGAUCAAAAUAAUGGAUCACUGGGAUGUUUUUUGUGUGGUCGAGAGUACAGUUUUCCGCACGGAUUGAUUUAUCAUAUUGAUCGAUGUGGAGUCGAGGAGGCGCUUCAACCAUGGAAGUGCUAUCGAUGUGGUUUUGAGACGAAGCGGGGAGAUUCUGAAGCCCAUCGUGCGGAGUGCGUCCAGCAGGUGGAGACGAAGAAUUUCGAUACAAAGAUGGAAGCGUCGGUGUUGAGCCUCCUGAACGGCAACAAUGGUGAUGAAGCCGUCACAGAUGACACCCCAGAAGUCAUCCCAACGUCCACAAAACGCCGACGAACUACUGGAGGACCAGCUCCUCGUGUGACUGCUCGAAAAGACGGAACCACUCUGCUAAGAUUCCGAAAAUCCACAGUAAAUCGGCAAUUCAAUGGUAUCGUUACUCAAAAAGAUCAGAAUUCCUAUGAGGAGACGUGCCAGGCUGUGUUCGAGACUUGGAAGACGGAUUCUGACAACGUGGCAUUCUGUAAUCGACUUCAGCAUAUUCUGCCAAGCGAGUGGAAAACGGAAAAUUUGGAGAGUACCAGCCACUUCUAUCCGAUAUUCAGUCGUCAAUCAGUGACGAUUGCAACGGAAAAAGCAGAAGGAUUGCAGACGACAGUUCCAGAAGGAAUUCGAAUUGAUUCUAGAAAAAGUGAAGUGCUGGAUCGAGCUACAGUAGCUUACUGUGGAGCCCCGAUCAAUGGAAUUCAAGUGGCACCUGGUAAAGCGUCAGAUGCCUCUGGUGAAGCAUCAGAUGACGUCAUUUGUGUCACCACUUUUGCCAAUGAGACGAAUUUCGAAUCGGAUUCAAGUGUGGUCCAAUUCUGGAGACAUCGUUUGGCAGAGGAGGAUAAAAAUGAACUGAAUCUCUGGUUCCUCUUACAUAUUCCAAACCAUGGAACUAUUCUCUCGAUGACGUGGCUUCAGAAGCACGACACCUCGGAACCUGGAUUAAUUGGAUUUAUAGCCUUCUCCACGACUAUUGGUCGGGUGCUCAUCUAUCGAAUUGAUUCUUCCAAUGUCGCUUUUGAUAAAGAAGCUCACAAUUCAUUGCACACUGUUCCCAUUGUCACUGCCGAACCCCAUCUGAUUUUAAAACUACCCAAAGUGGAUGACACGACGCUGGAUGAGUCUUUUCUGAAUGCAACUAUCAAAGUGGAAGGGGAAGAAGUGGUUCUUCCGAUGCAAAUCGAUGAAUCUGUGGUCCCCCUGACGAGUAUAUCUUGGUCUGCGCAUGGAGGUGGUGGAGUAUUGGCGGCGAUCACGGCGCUAGGAGCCAUUGCGAUUUGGAAUUUGGACGAUGAAAGCGAUAAUCCUAGAGUUCAUAUUGGUCCGAGUUGGAAUUCGCCGCCCACGGAAAUAUCGUUUUUGAACUUCGACCAUCUUGUCAUUGGAUUCAAAGAGCGUAUUGUGAGAGUGGUGAAUAUCGAUACAUGGGAUGUGAAGUUGGAGGAUAGUACGAUGAAAACCGCAGGAACCCGCGUGCGUGCUGACUCCAGAAUCCUUCACAGCUUCUUGACCUGGAACAGCGAGUACAACUCAUUUCCAUAUUCGAACGCCAUGAGUGUCUCCUAUAUUAAUAUGGACAUGGAUUCGAUGAAUAUGAUAAUAAUACCAACUGCUAAUACUCACCAACUGAUGAUUUGGGAUGUGGCAAUGUGUGCUCCACUGGGUACCCUAAUAUCCUGCGGUGUUGACGGACGACUCGUGGCUUCUGCAACUGGACGUCUUCUGAAAAACAUGCAUCAUCCAUUCUUUGCGAAUCGAAACUUGCUACAACUGAAACGCCGUCGAGUGCUGAAGGUGGAGAUGAAAAUGGCAAAGGUUGAAGGAGAAUCGGCGGAGAAAGAAAAGGAACAGCUAGCAGAGAGUAUUGUGGAACAUGACGACGUUUGUCGGAAGAUGUGGUUGGAUAUCGAAUUCGAUCAAGUGUUCGAGCCAACACGUGUCGAGCUAUCCUGUCGAGAUCAGCGAAUUGAGUCGUUGAAUUGUGUCGAUGCUACUGCAAAUGCCACGUUUCCAGUGUCGUUUACCGGUGGAGAGGCUGGACUGAUGUUUGUAGUGCCGAGCAAGCUGCUUGUUCAACAAAUGGAUCUCUAA